AUGGCAAGACAUGUCGCUGAAUGUCUGGAACAGUUCAACACUGGAUUGGACAAAGUGUUGCAAGCAAGGCAAUUGCUGGAAGGUUCUCAGCAUUUGCCUGUCGAUGAUAGGAAAUUGAUGAUGAGAGUACUUAAUCAAGCAAUACGAACCGGUCGCAAGCGGUUAAGUGUACAAGAUGAGCAUGAAACUGAUGGAAGAAGCAAUGAUAAUCCUAAUAAUUUCAGCAAUCUGUGUCAGGGAAUAGCAUCGUUGCCGACUAGCAAUGAGAUGAGCAUGUCCUCACAAAUUGAUCCAGCGACAUUUUUACAACAGCAUGGUCAUCAGUUAUUGAUGUUUUUGCAGCAGAACAUGGCUAAACAGAAUUGA